UAUGUGAUUGUUAUUAAUCAUUAAACAGAUAGCAAUACCAGCUCUCCACAUCUCAUUGGGAAUAUUUCUAAAGUUCUUUGACAUGUUAGAAGCUGAAUGUCAUCUCCUUGAUGUAAAACUAGCUGCAUUUCUUGCAAUGAAUGAUAAACGCCUUGACUCAAUUGAGUUUGACAAAUAUGUUGAAAAGCAGGUUGAGAUAUCUCAAUUAAAAUAUGGCAUUGAUGAUAUAAAUAAUAAAAUUAUUCUUAUUCAAGAUACAUGUGUAGUUGAAGUACUUCGUAACCCUGAAAAUUCAGAUUACUUGCAGUUAAUUUACAUAGAGAGAAUUGCACUAUUAAAAUCAAAGAAAAUAGAAAAGGAGGCAAAAAUAACAGAAUGCUGUAAAGUUAAACUAUUAGAAGGACUUGGGCCAAUAAUAAAAGGAAUUGAAUCUGUUUUACAGUCGUGUGGAUUGCAACGUCAAGCAUAUCAUAGUUGCUCAUUCAUUGGAAAUCAUGUUCAUAAAAUGUUGAAGGUAUGAAAAUAUAAAUCUGUAUUUUCAUGAAUUUAUUUCAUAUAAAUUAUUGUGUGUGUUGUGCAGGUUUUCAUAAAUUCUGCAUUAAAUUUUGAGUUAUAAUCAACAUUCUUGAUCUAAUAUAUUGCAAUGCAUAUACGUAUAUAUGCAUAUAAAGCAUAUGCAUAUAAUAAUAAC